CCCCUGCAGAAGAUUGACCCUGAGGUGGCCGCCUUCCUGCAGAAGCUGCGAAGUAGAGUGCAGAUCGGCGUGGUGGGUGGCUCCGACUACUCUAAGAUUGCUGAGCAGCUGGGCGAGGGUGAUGAAGUCAUCGAGAAGUUUGAUUAUGUGUUUGCUGAGAACGGGACGGUGCAGUAUAAGCACGGACGACUGCUCUCCAAGCAGACCAUCCAGAACCACCUGGGGGAGGAACUGCUGCAGGACUUGAUCAACUUCUGCCUCAGCUACAUGGCCCUGCUCAGACUGCCCAAGAAGCGGGGAACCUUCAUUGAGUUCCGGAAUGGCAUGCUGAACAUCUCUCCCAUCGGCCGGAGCUGCACCCUGGAGGAGCGGAUCGAGUUCUCCGAACUGGACAAGAAGGAGAAGAUCCGGGAGAAGUUCGUGGAAGCCCUGAAAACGGAGUUUGCUGGCAAAGGGCUGAGGUUCUCCCGAGGAGGCAUGAUCAGCUUUGACGUCUUCCCUGAGGGCUGGGACAAGCGCUACUGCCUGGACAGCCUGGACCAGGACAGCUUUGAAACCAUCCACUUCUUUGGGAAUGAGACCAACCCUGACACAGUGCGGCGAUGCCGAGAGAUUUUCUUCCCAGAGACAGCUCAUGAGGCGUGACCAGGGCCUGCAUCUGUGCAUCUGACUUCUGAAGAGCUCUGCCCAGGCCUACAGAGAGGCCCUGGUGUUGGAUGAGAUGCCAGGGCCCCUCCUCCACUGGCCCAGGACGCCUGCCUCGUCGUGUACCUGCUGCAAGACCCCCCCCAGCCAGUCAGCUCUUGGUGGGACUGGCCCCUGUCCUCCCAGGGCCCAGAAUGUCCCCGGUUCUCCACCUUGAUGGCCCUGACCGCAGCUGCUGCUUGUACUUCUGAGCAGAAUAGGUGUCUAGCCAUGCUGGGAAGAGGCGUGUGCGAAUGUCAGUACAAGAUUGAGUCCAUCCUGCCUUCCCGCCCCAACAGAUGGGGUGCUGAGUGGGAAGGUACAUAUUUUAGAGAACUUUAUGUCCCAAGUAUUAUUAAAGUUCUCAGAACAAGAUAUGGCA